GCAUCAUUGCAAUGGUUGCAGGUCCAAGGAACCAGAUAGUAUACAGAAUCUCUCUUAUCAUGAAGAAAUAUAGUUCUCCUACUCUUGCCUCUACUAUCAGCAAUCUCACACCACCUUUCACAUUCACCCUAGCCGUUAUCUUCAGGUUUUGCGUAUAUUUGUUAUCGGCAGUGUCAUUGGAUCAAUGAUAUUGUGCUUUGGAUUCUACACUGUGAUUUGGGGAAAAGCAAGAGAGGAUGUAACCAAAAGUGUAGCUGGUUCCGAGCAGUCACCUUUGCUACUUACACACAUCAUAGAAGAUGAAGCCUUUUCACUAAGAUAAGAUUGAUGCAAGUUAAAUCCUUGUAUUAUUAAUUUAUAAAUAUGACUCCUUUAGAAGAUGGUCUUUGUUUAUGUGUAUCUGUUUGAGGUUAAUUAAGAAUGAUAUAUAUUUGACUCUAUAAUAAAUAUUUGUUUUUCAUUUUUCUAUCACCUGGGCAAUGCGUUCACUUUCCUUGCUUAGGUUUAAAGUAUUGGUCAAGUUGGAAUAUUUAUAUAAAAUAAAUAAUAUAUUAGCAAGUUGGAGUAUUUAUCUAAAUAAAACAAUGUAUUAGCAAACGUGGUGGGAUUAACCACUAUGAUUACCUAUGAACUCACUUUGACUUCUGAGAGAUUUUGAAAAGUCUAGACAUCAGGUCCUAUGGCAAGAGGAGCAGAAGAAGAGACAGAGGCAUGGAGAUUCUUUUGCAGAGAUGCUGUGCCAUUUGCUGUGAUGGUCGCAGUGGAGUGUGUCGCGGUUGGAUCUAACACACUUUUCAAGGCUGCGACCUUGAGAGGAUUGAGCUUCUAUGUCUUUGUCUUCUACUCUUAUGCUGUUGCUACACUUGUCCUUCUUCCACUUUCCCUCAUCUUUGGAAGGUCAAAAAGAUUACCGUCAGCCAAAUCUCCUGUCUUCUUCAAGAUUUUCUUACUUACGCUUGUCGGGUUGAUGUCGUCAAUAUCUGGCUGUAAAGGAAUAGAAUUUAGUUCUCCUACUCUUUCCUCUGCUAUUGGCACCCUCACGCCAGCUUUUACCUUCAUGCUCGCCGUUAUCUUCAGGAUGGAACAAGUAGUGUUAAGGAGCUUUACGAGUCAGGCCAAAAUCAUUGGCACCAUAGUAUCUAUAUCUGGUGCUCUGGUUGUUGUGUUAUAUAAAGGCCCAAAAGUUCUUGCUGCUGCAUCUUUUACAUCUUCAUCAUCUACCAUUUCGCUUGACCAUCAUUUGACUUCGUUUGAUUCAAGUUGGAUAAUCGGAGGGCUUUUGCUUGCUUCACAGUAUUUUCUUAUAUCAGUCUGGUAUAUUCUUCAGACUCAGGUCAUGGAGGUAUACCCUGAAGAAAUAACAGUAGUAUUCUUGUACAACUUAUGCGCAACACUAAUCUACUUACCAGUAUGUCUAUUUGCCGAAAAAGACUGGACAUAUUUUCUGCUUAAACCGGAUGUCUCCCUUGCUGCAGUCUUGUACUCGGGAGGCUUACUUUCAUCAUUUGGCAUAGUUAUACACACAUGGGGUCUGCAUCUGAAGGGUCCAGUCUAUAUAUCCUUGUUCAAGCCAUUGUCUAUUGUCAUUGCAGUUAUCAUGGGUGCUAUGUUCCUCGGCGAUACAUUUUACCUUGGGAGUGUCAUCGGAUCAGUGAUCUUGAGCUUAGGAUUCUACACUGUGAUUUGGGGCAAAGCAAGAGAGGCUUCAUCCAAAACUGUGGCUGGUUCUGAGCAGUCACCUUUGUUGCUUACACACAACAUAGAAGAUGAAGCUGAUCAUUGAUACGUGACUGAUGCAAGUGGACUACUUCUAUAUUUUUCAUUUGUAAAUAUGGUGCCAUUAAGAGAUGGCCCCCAUUGAUGUUUAUGUAUACUAUUUUUCUGUUUCUGUGUCUUGUAUUAUUUCAAGAGUUAAAUAAGAAUGUUUUUAU